GCACAAGAGUUUAGUAUGAAAAAAAUUUUUAAUCCAGCAUCAUGUCUAAAAUAGUGAUAUUGCCACUUUUAAUAAUUAGUCAAUUAAAUUUGAAAAAUGAUUUAUGGCAUUUUGGUCCAGAGAUAACUUACAAUGUCACGUACAAUGCAAAUACAGCAUUAAAUCAAUCAAAUAAUAAUUGGAAAAAUAGUAAAUUAAAUUACGAAAUGAAAACUCAACUUAAAUGUCGUCCAAGAACAUUAAAAAUAUUAAAUUGUCAUAUUGAAAAGCCAGUAGUUAGCUUUGAUCAUGCAAACAAAUCAAUAUCAUCAGAAAAUAUUUGUGGUGAAGAUAUUGAUAGACAAAAUUUCGAAAUAAGAUUCAAUAGAUUUGGAAUAAAAGAAUUAAUUGUAUCAUCAAAUAUUAAACCAUAUAUUUUAGAUACAAUAAGAGCAAUUGUUAAUCAAUUAAAUGCUGGUGUUGAUUUAACAGUUAGAACAAAUGGAACAUAUAGAACAUGGGAAAAUUUUACAACUGGAGAUUGUUUUACAUUUUAUGAUGUUAAAUUAAGUGGUGAUAAUUUAGAAAAGAAAAAAAAUGAUGGUGAAGGAUUUAAAUGGAGAUCAGAUGUAUCAACACUCAUAACAAAAAUAAGAGAUGUUAAAAAAUGUCGUAUUAAUGCACCAUAUUUUCUUGGAAGUCGUGAAGCUUGGAGAGAUACUCCACAAGUAUUGAUAAAUAUUAAAUCAUCAAAGACUGUUAUGUCUGCAAAUAGAACAGCAUUUAUAUCAACAACAAAAACAUCAAUCGAACUAGAAAAUCUACAUAAAAAAUCACCAACAAGUAUAAUUUACAUGAAUGAAACAAUGACACUUAAAUAUAUAUCAGUAAAGCCUUCAAAUAAUCAAAUAACAAGAAUUCAAGAACCAGCUUGUACCAGUGUUAUCACUGGUAAAUGGUUACAUGAUGAUUUAUCAGUAGAAAAUGAUGUUAAUGAACAAAAAAAAUAUAAUAUUACAUCAAAAUCAUCAUUGGCAUCAUUGAUGUUUAAUUUUGAUAAUUAAAAAUUAAAAAUAAUGAAUUUAUUUAAUAUUAAAACCUAUUAUUAUUAUUAAAAAUAAUUAAAAUUAAUAUUUAUUGUCAAUAUCCCUGGUGGGAAUAUUUCUCCGGAAUUGCUCCGGAUUACUCCGGAAUUCUCCGGAUUAUUCCGGAAUUGCUCCGGCUUAUUCCAAAAUGCUCCGGCUUAUUCCGAAAUGCUCCGGAUUAUUCCGGAAUCGCUCGGAAAUUGGCUCACUUCAAAAAAUUACGGAGUAAUCCGGAAAAUUACGGAAUAAUCCGGAGCUGUCCGGAAUUUUAAUGGGCCAAUUCCGGAGCGAUACGGAGCUUUCCAAAAUUUUACGGAGUGAUUUCGGAAUUUUACGGAGUAUUUCCGGAAUUUUUCCGGAAUUUUACGGAAAAAUUAUUUCCACCAGGGAUUGCUAAUUUAUAUCUAGCCUAGAUGAAAUAAUAAUAAAAAAAUAAAGCAAAUAAUAUUAUUUUAAAUAAAAAAAAUAAAAUCUUGAUAUUUUUC